UUAAGCUCUUUAAUACAUGAAGCUUUAUUUCUUUUUCAUUUACGUUCCUGUUGGGUCUUAAUAUAGGCUUGCACAAGUAAAUUCAAGUUUAUGGAACUAUGCCUUCAAUUCAUCGGGGAUCAUCCUAAAUUCAUAAUCAUAUCCAUUUAUUUUAUCGGAUUCGGAUUGGCCGAGCCCGAUCCAUAUCCGGAUCCAUUAGGAUCACAUAUCGGAUAUCCAGAUCCAUUUAAUUUUUUAUGAUUUCUUUUACUUAGAGUUAAAAGUUUUUCUAAAAGAAAUUAUAUGGGUGAUUAUUCGAGUUCACGGAGGACAAGAUUAAAUGGGACACCAUAUUUUCGUAUCCUCAUGUUUUAUUCUUUUUAUUUUCAGGUUUAUGUUUUAUUUUUAGUUAUGCGUAACUGUUACUUCCUCCAUCCCCCUUAAUUAUAUAUAUUGAGAGAUGAGGUUCGACAUGUAUUUUAAAACUAUCUGAAAAUAUAGUUUGAUAAAUUAUUUUGAAAUUUUAAAAAAAACCGGCAAGUAUCCAUCGUAUUCAUGAAGUAUCCCAUGCCAUUGUUAAGUUCUUUUCUGAGCAUAAAGUGUCUACUCUGUGCAAUAUCAUUAUUUGAGGUGGGGAAAGUGGAAACUGUUCAACUUUUAUUGCAACAGAUAAAAUCUCUGUAUAUUCAUAGCUUCAUCAACUCCAUAACCGGGAAUCACUACUACACAUAUAUAUUUUCUGCAGAGUUAAAAGCAUCAAACUCGAAAACAUGGUGCUUUUCGAUCGCUCAGAACCACAGCCAUUGUACAUAAUAAUUCUUUGCUAUCUAGCCAUUUUCAUUAUCUUGAAAAAAUCAUUUUAUUUCCUGAACUGGAUCUUCAUUACAUUUUUCAGACCUCCAAAAAACCUCAAAAAAUGCUACGGCUCAUGGGGUCUCGUUACAGGCUCAACCGAUGGCAUAGGCAAAGCCAUGGCCUUCAAACUAGCCCGAAAAGGCCUAAACCUGGUCCUAGUUGGUCGAACCAUGAGCAAACUAGAACAAGUUUCCAGAGAGCUUUUAGCUGAGAAUCCAAACAUACAGGUCAAGAAGUUGGUUGUAGAUUUCUCGAGAGACGUUGUUGCAGCAGUGAGGCAAAUGGAAGAGGCUAUUAGAGGGUUGGAGAUCGGUGUUUUGAUUAAUAAUGUCGGGGUGACGUAUGAGGAGGCCAUGUAUUUUCAUGAAGUGAAAGAGGAAGUGUGGAUGAAUUUAGUGAAUGUGAAUGUAAGAGGAACAACUCUGGUGACUAGAGCCGUUGUUAAAGGGAUGAUCAAGAGGAGAAGAGGUGCUAUUGUUAAUAUCGGCUCUGCUGCUUCUGUCGUCGUGCCUUCUCAUCCUCUCUAUGCCAUCUAUGCUGCCACCAAAGCGUACAUUGAUCAGUUGUCGAGAUCUUUAUAUGUGGAGUACAAACAUUAUGGAAUAGAUGUCCAAUGCCAGGUACCAUUAUACGUGUGGACAAAAAUGACAGAAAAUGUAGCAGGAAUAAAGAAAGCAUCCAUGUUGAUCCCCUCAGCAGAAGAUUAUGCAGAAGCUGCUGUAAAAUGCAUCGGUUACGAAAUGAGGUGCACCCCUUACUGGGCACACGCAGUCCAGUGGUUUUUCGCCUCCCUUUUGCCUGAUUUCGUGCUCGAUUAUUGGCGCUUAUCGGUUGGCAUUCACCGGAGAUCCAAACUGCAUAAAAUGCCAUGAUCAUGGCUUUUCUUUCUCCAAAUAAGUGAUAAAUAAUUUGAUGUACUUGGGUAAGUGAUAAAUGUGGAAGUCAGAAUGUGUGCAAACAUAGAGCUCAUGCAUUUAACAACCUAACAUUUCUCAUUUUCUCCACUUUUAGAUAUAAAUGUUAGAGAGCUCUUUCGUAUUUGUUAUUUGACAAAAUAAUAAGGAUGUAGUUCAGAAAAAAGACGGUCCCAUUCCUGUAAUAUCAAAUUAAGGAAAAAAAUCUUUUGAACAUUUUUUGAUUGUUGGCG